AGCCAGAAGCCCUUUGGGGUUUGAGCCUUAGCUACCUGGCUUAUACAGUAAGGGGGAGACAGAUUUGCUCGGUAUCUGUCUGUCAAGGACUUGCUCAGCUGCUGUCCUUUUAGCAUUUCCAGAGAAGAAGAAGACAGCAUUCCAAGAGUUGGCGUCUAAUUGUCAGAUUUCACUUUGUCGAAAUGAGCAGUCGUAAAUCAAAGAGUAACAACUUAAUGCAUUCAGAGUGCCUUUCACAGGUACAAAGAAUUUUACGUGAAAGAUUUUGUCAUCAGAGUCCACAUAGUAACCUAUUUGGAGUACAAGUACAAUAUAAACACUUAAUUGAGCUGCUAAAAAGAACUGCUAUCCAUGGAGAAAGUAAUUCUGUUCUCAUUAUUGGACCCCGAGGAUCAGGAAAGACCAUGUUAAUAAACCGUGCUUUGAAAGAAUUAAUGGAAGUAGAAGAAGUGAGUGAAAAUAUAUUACAAGUUCACCUAAAUGGACUGCUGCAGAUCAAUGAUAAAAUUGCCCUAAAGGAAAUCACAAGGCAGUUAAAUCUGGAAAAUGUAGUUGGAGACAAAGUUUUUGGAAGCUUUGCUGAAAACCUUUCAUUUCUUCUGGAAGCUUUACAAAAAGGUGACCGGACUAGUAGUUGCCCAGUGAUCUUCGUAUUAGAUGAAUUUGAUCUUUUUGCUCAUCAUAAAAACCAAACACUCCUCUAUAAUCUGUUUGACAUUUCUCAGUCUGCACAGACUCCAAUAGCAGUUAUUGGUCUUACGUGUAGAUUGGAUAUUUUGGAACUCUUAGAGAAAAGAGUGAAGUCACGAUUUUCUCACCGGCAGAUACACUUAAUGAAUUCAUUUGGUUUUCCACAGUAUCUUAAAAUAUUUAAGGAAGAAUUAUCUUUACCUGCAGAAUUUCCAGACAAGCUUUUCGCUGAGAAGUGGAAUGAGAAUGUUCAGUGUCUCUCGGAAGAUAGAAGUGUGCGAGAAGUACUACAGAAGCAUUUCAAUGUCAGCAAAAACCUGCGGUCAUUACACGUGUUACUGAUGCUUGCUUUAAAUCGUGUAACAAUAUCACAUCCAUUUAUGACUGCAGCAGAUCUGAUGGAGGCAAACCAGCUAUGUAGCAUGGACUCUAAAGCAAAUAUUGUACAUGGUCUGUCAGUCUUGGAAAUCUGUCUUAUAAUAGCAAUGAAACAUUUAAAUGACAUCUAUGAAGAGGAGCCCUUUAAUUUUCAAAUGGUCUAUAAUGAGUUUCAGAAGUUUGUUCAAAGAAAGGCCCAUUCUGUUUAUAAUUUUGAGAAACCUGUUGUCAUGAAGGCUUUUGAACACUUACAACAAUUAGAAUUAAUAAGGCCCAUGGAAAGAACUUCAGUAAAUGCACAGAGAGAGUACCAGCUGAUGAAACUACUUUUGGAUAAUACUCAAAUUAUGAAUGCUUUGCAGAAAUACCCCAACUGUCCUACAGAUGUUAGACAGUGGGCAACAUCCUCACUGAGCUGGUUAUGAAUAUAAUCAGUGGCUUAUGGAGUUUCAGGCAUACUUCUCUAAAGAACUAAAAGCUAUUGUCCUUUAAUAAGAUAUGUUAUUACAUUUUUUAUAUUUGUAAACAUGUAUUUUUGUAUUUAUGGGGGACUGUUACACAUGUAGUAUCUUGGCUGUGUCUUGCCUUUGAAUCAUGAGCAGUUACAUGAUUUAUAAUUCCAGGGAUUUAGAUUAUGUUGUAAGUAGCAGUUCAAAACAAUAAAUGUGACUAUUUUAGGGAUUGAACCAUA